UGCAUAUUAGCAUACAAUUACUUUAAAUUGCAUUAGUCAUUUUGAAUUAAUCAAAACUGCAGAUUGAAAAAAAUGUCUGCUUAUUCGCAAUCAGCUACCUCAAAAUUUUCUGCUUAAAAGUCACUUAUAAUUGUGACGCUCCACGAUAUAAUAUUAGGCUUAGUUUUCAUGUACGGUGCACGGAAAACUGAGCCUAAUUUUAUUUCGGAGAUAGGUCCCUUCUCUCGUGGAGCGUCACAAUUAUUAAUUGUUUCGUGAAUUUGCUCAUAUGAUUUUUUAAAUAAAAUAUUGAAAUAUUUAAAAAUUUGUAAAAAGUUGAUAAUUAAAAAAAAGUAAAAAUAGCUUCAUUUAUCAACUCUAUUAUCCAACUCCAUUAUCAUAUCACGAUUUGUAUGUUAUCUAUGUUAUUUUAUCGAAGAUAAAUGCAUUGUUAAAAUAACAUACUCGAAAAUAUUGUCAAGAAAAUAAAACUUCAGUUCUCCAAAGAUUUUCUUUUAAGACGCUUGUACAUGUAAAUCUUAUAAAAAUGAGAGGAGUGGCAUUUAUUUUAUUGAUAAUAUUCACAACGAUGACGACAGUAGCACCAUCAAACACCAGUAAAUUGAAAUAUUCAGGAAACAACAGUUUUAUGAUAGACUAUGAAAAUGAUCAAUUUCUUCUUGAUGGAAAACCGUUUCGAUAUGUUUCUGGAAGUUUUCAUUAUUUUCGAACUCCAAGGCAAUAUUGGAGAGGAAUUUUUAAGAAAAUGAGAGCUGCCGGUUUAAAUGCAAUUUCAACUUAUAUAGAAUGGAGUACACAUGAACCAGAACCAGGUAAAUGGAUUUGGAAUGGUGAUGCUGAUAUCAUUGAGUUUCUUAAAAUUGCAGAAGAAGAAGAUCUACUUGUUAUAUUAAGACCUGGUCCAUAUAUCUGCGCUGAGAGAGAUUUUGGUGGAUUACCUACUUGGCUAUUAAGCAAAAAGGAUAUAAAAUUACGAACGAAUGAUCGCUGGUACAUGAAGAACGUUCAGAAAUAUUUGGAAACUGUAUUAAAGAAAGUAAAACCAUUUCUAAGAGGUAAUGGAGGUCCCAUUAUAAUGGUGCAGGUAGAAAAUGAAUAUGGAAGCUUUAAUGCCUGUGACAUUCACUAUAGAACUAAAUUGAGAGAUAUAUUCGCCAAACAUAUAGAAUCAAAUGCGGUUUUAUUUACAACAGAUGGUCCUCAAUUAUCAAUGCUUCGAUGUGGAGUUAUUCCAGAGGUCUUUGCAACUGUAGAUUUUGGACCGUCUUCCAAUGGGACUAAAAGUUUCGAAAUGAUGCGUAAAUUUCAACCUAGGGGACCUCUAGUAAAUUCGGAAUAUUAUCCAGGCUGGUUAACGCACUGGGGAGAAUCAUUGCAGAAAGUUUCUUCGCUGAACGUUGUUAAAACGUUAGAUGAAAUACUAUCGAUUGGUGCUUCAGUAAAUAUAUACAUGUUCUUUGGUGGUACCAAUUUUGGAUUCAAAUCAGGUGCUAAUACUGAUCCAGAAUUUAGACCACAAUUGACCUCAUAUGAUUACGAUGCUCCUUUAACGGAAGCUGGAGAUCUAACACCAAAAUAUUUUGCAAUGAGAGACGUAAUAAAAAGUUACCUACCUGUAAAUGAUUUACCUAUUCCUGCUGAUAAUAAGAAGAAAGCUUAUGGUGUUAUUAUUCUGGAACAAGUGAUAAGACUUUUUGAUCCUUUAGCUCAAUCUCUACUCAGUUCAAUUGUUGUACAAACCGACAGAACUCCAACUUUUGAAGAAUUGCAAAUUCAACAAUUGCAGCUUGUUUUAUAUGAAACAUAUUUAAAUUUGGAAAACGAAACGUUGACAACUUUAAAGACACUUGUACAUGACAGAGCUUAUGUUUACAUAAAUAAACAGUUAAUUGGUAUAUUGAGUCGCAUGGAGAAAAAAUAUAAUUUACCAAUAAAUACCGCCUUGGGGAACCAUUUAUCACUACUUGUUGUAAAUGAAGGACAUGUAAAUUAUGGAGAUUAUUUAAAGGACUAUAAGGGGCUGCUAAAUGUAAGUCUAGGUGAAGAAACUUCUUUAUCAUGGAACGUGACCGGUUUUACAUUAGACAAUGUAACAAGUCUUUGUGAAUUUAAUUCUAAAAUUUCUGUAUCUGGUUGCGUAAAUAAGGGACCCAUUUUUUAUCGUGCAACAUUUUUUAUAAAAGAAGAUCCAGUUGACACAUAUCUUGAUACAAGUGGAUGGGGAAAAGGUGUUGCUUACAUCAAUGGAUAUAAUAUUGGCAGGUAUUGGCCACUAAAUGGUCCUCAAAUAACUUUGUAUGUUCCAGGAGUUAUUUUAAAACAUGGUUCAAAUGAGCUUAUUAUUUUAGAAUAUGAGUAUGCAUCAAAAUCUCUUGAAAUGAAAUUUAUUAAUACUCCAAAAUUUAUUACUAAUAAAUUAUUAGAAAACGAUGUUAAUAAUUGUAAUUUAACAGAUAAUGUAUAAAA